AUGCUCUAUAAAACUUGGCAAAUGCUCUAAAUGGGUCUUUUUCUAGCGCAACAGGAUACCAUUUUUUAUUUUAUCGCAGGAUUCAAAAAGCAAGAGGAAAGAAGAAAGAAAUCAGGGAGAGCACUAAUUCUCACUUCUCAGUAAUGGCUUCAAUGGCAUCAUCAAAUACCUACCAUUUUUAUCCCAAUAAAUUCAAAAGUAAAGUAUACACUAGUAAAUCUUCUUUCUUCCCUUGUAUUGUUUCAUGUAAGGAGCAGGAGCAGCAACAGCCACAGCAGGAUGAAAACACCAAACAAAUGGGUCGCAGGGAAAUAAUACUAAGGAGCAGUGAAAUUGCAGUUCUUGGAGCUCUCUUCAACUUCAGUGGUAAAAAGCCAAAAUACUUGGGUGUUCAGAAGAAUCCACUUGGUCUAGCACUUUGUCCAGCCACCAACAACUGUGUUUCUACUUCUGAGAACAUCAGUGAUUCUACUCACUAUGCACCUCCUUGGAACUAUAACCCUGAAGGGAAACGCGGUAAUGUCAGCAGAGAAAAGGCUAUGGAGGAGCUACUUCAAGUGCUAAAAUCAACAAAACCAGACAAGUUCUCUCCAAAAAUAGUGGAGAAGAAAGACGAUUAUGUGCGUGUGGAAUAUGAAAGUCCUAUCUUGGGGUUUGUAGAUGAUAUGGAGUUCUGGUUCCCACCAGGCAAGAAACCAAUUGUACAGUAUCGGUCAGCAUCUCGCUUGGGGAAUUAUGACUUUGAUGCUAAUAGAAAGAGAAUCAAGGCCUUGAGAUUGCAAUUAGAGAAGAAGGGAUGGGCAUCAGAAGACACCGUCUGAAAGGUCUGAUCUUCAUAAAGGAGCAAUUGUUCAUUACUUGUUAGCAUGAUGAAUAAGACCGUGUACCUAAUUCAGAUUGACUCAUAUAUUGGACCUUUUAAAUUUGGAAAGCUCAAUAGAGCAGUGAAAUAACAUCAUAUUCUGGUCACCAUGUUAGCUUUUGAAAUUCUGAUGAAAAUUGUCUACGGCCUCAACAGAGCGUUGGACGUAUAGGCCUUCUAUUGUUGAGGCUGCAUUUUACCAACAGAACAAGCAGCUGCAAAUCUUCGUAUACGCAAUUACUCUGUAUCAAAUGGCUGGGAACUGGUAGUAGCUUUCUCCAUUGCAUGUACCUCUAUUUUUCUUUCAUCAGAAUGGCAGCAUCAUUAUAAGGCAAUGGGGUGUCAUAUGACACCCAUUGAGUAAAGGUGGGCAGUUGGCUGA